UUCCCCUGGUUACCCGGGAAACCAUGUCAGGGUGGAGGAAAAGAGCAAAUCAUGUGAGGGCAUAGCAUCUCUCUCCCCUCUCUCUCCUGGUGUGUGUGUGAGUGUGUGUGUAUAAAAGCCUCUCUCUCCAUGCUUUCACUUUGCUCUCAGCUCUCCUUCGCGUUGCAGAGAGGAGCGAGACUGACGGGAGUGGGGCACAACCGAGUGAGAGCUCGGUGUCACAGUGGGAGACGUUCCUUUGACCUUCACUCUAACUCACUUUCCCCUCUCUCCCAAUGUGUUUGGGGUCUCCCCCCUUUCCUUCUUCUCUUCCUCUUCCUCCUCCCCCUCCUCCUUCUCCCUCUCCUUCUUCCUCUCCUUCUUGUUAAGCGUCCCCGGCUCUGCUCGUACGGUGGCUGCAUCGAUGCAAAAUGGGUUGUGGCAAUUCCUCAGCCACCAGCACCUCAGGAGGGGGGCCAGCAGAAGUCUCCAAAGAUGUGACAGAAGAACCUGCUGUAGAAGAUGAGAAAAGAAGGAACUAUGGUGGUGUGUAUGUGGGUCUACCAGCAGACCUGAGCACUGUGGCUGCCAGUCAGUCCAAGGCCACACGGAAAGACUAGCAGCUACCGAAGGGAGCACAACACAGAAUUCUACAUAUUCAUUCACCAAAAAAAAAAAAAAAAA